ACCAGUUUAAAGUGUGAAUGAUUUGAAAAGACUCCAGACAUGACGACGACCAGACUCCAGCUAUGUCACAGUAUUUAGCACUCCUGCUAGACUGCCCCGUCGUGAUCGCUGCCAUUUUCAUCUGUGGCAUCGGAGGGACGUUUCAAUAUGGAUACAGUGUAUCCGUGAUGACCUCCCCCUCUGUUUUCAUAAAGGAGCUGGUGAACAAAACCUGUCAGCAGAGAUACGGUGUCUCGUUGGAGCAGUGGCAGGUGUCUCUCAUCUGGUCCUUCACCGUGUCCAUUUUCUGCAUCGGGGGGUUGGUGGGGGCACUGGUGUCGGGUCAACUGCUCUCAAAGUACGGCAGAAAGUAUUGUCUUCUACUAAACAAUUUUGUGGCUAUAUUUGGAGCUGUGUUGAUGAUCUUGAGCCAGAGAGCCACGUCCUUUGAGAUGAUCAUGGUGGGGCGAUUUCUCUAUGGCAUCAAUUCAGGAGUCAGCCUCUCAGUGCACACAUUGUACCUUGUUGAAUGCGCCCCCAAGAGGGUGCGAGGAAUGGUGGGUGUGACCAUCUCCACCUUCAUCUCAUUGGGGAAGUUCAGUGGUCAGCUGUUGGGGAUCAGUGAGUUCCUUGGUACAGAAGAGAGAUGGCCCUGGCUGCUUGGUUUCAACGGUUUCACCGCGUUACUUCAGCUCGCCACCCUGCCCUUCCUCCCAGAGUCUCCCAGCUUCCUUCUCCUGCACAGAGGAGACCGGGAGGCCUGCGAUAAAGCCUUGAAGAGGCUGUGGGGCAACAAGGACUACACCAUGGAGGUGGAGGAGAUGAUGAAGGAGAAAACUGCCAUGCAGAGUGUCCGCAGCCACUCGGUGAUGGAGCUGAUUCGGAACCAAACUGUUCGCUGGCAGCUUAUCACCAUCAUCAUUACCUUCACUGGACUGCAGCUCUGUGGCAUCAACGCAGUGUACUUUUAUUCUUUUGAUGUGUUUCGAGCGGCAGGAAUCCAAGAAGGGCAGUUGCGUUACGUUGCUUUGGGAACGGGGCUGUGUGAGGUGUCCACCUCUGUUGCCUGUUUCAUGAUUAUCGAGAGCACGGGGAAAAAGGACCUGCUGUUCAGAGGAUACAUGGCGAUGUCUGCAACACUGGUUCUCCUCACCAUCACACUGUACCUGCAAAAUCAGGUCCCGUGGAUGUCGUACUGCAGCAUGGCUCUUAUUUUCUUAUUCAUCAUUUUUUUUGCUAGUGGACCAGCUGGAAUAAUAGCCCCUCUUCCAGGGGAAAUCUUAACUCAGUCAUUUAAAUCAGCUGGAUACACCGUCGCCUGCACACUCAACUGGACAGGCCUGUUUGGGUUGGGGAUGCUCUUCCCUGUGUUAGUGGAGAAUAUGGGUUACUUUUGCUUCCUCAUCUUCCUGAUCUUCUGCUCUGGUUGCGGGCUGUAUGUGAGGUUCAAUGUCCCCGAGACCAAGAAUAAGACGGUGUUGGAGAUCGCCGCAGAGUUUGAGAGGAUGCACAGCAAGUCUGGAGAAUCAAAGAAAAAGUCCACCGAACUGAACCUCAAUGGAAUCAAAACCUACGAGACCAAAUUCUGAUUACAUUCACCAAAUAUAAAUGGUUUAGAUAACAACUGUAUCUCGGUGUGUCAGUCCGUAAGAAGCAAGUCAUGACAGAUUAGCCUUAGUGUAUGGUAUUAUUUUAGUAGUGAACUCCUCUUAUUGAACUUUAAAGUGUCCAAAAGUGAAUAUUGGCACAAUUGAAGAGUCAAGGCUGUUCAUCUGUCCUUUACGCUAGAUCAGCUUUAGCUUUUGCCCUGGACAUUAUCAGUGUGGUCCAUGUGUGUGUGUGUGUGUGUGUGUGUGUGUGUGUGUGUGUGUUACAUCAGGCAUCAGGAUGUCCAGUGGUGCGGUGGAGGAGUCACAUCUGCAUUGUGCGUGUUUAUCUACGAGCAAUGUUUGUGACGGAAAACAAAGACAUAAUAAGUACAAUUAAACAGUUUUGGGGAAAAUUUUA